CCAGUCCUGUCUCCUCCUGCUCCGUCCUAUGCUAUAACAGUGGUGCGUGUGGAUUACAGCGGCCCAGCAGCCCACCAGCCUCAACACCCAGCGCUCCAUCCACUCUGCCCUGCUGCGGCAACAAGAACCACCACCAACCACCGGGAGAGCUUCCACUAACAGAGGUAGCUGCUGACUCCAUGCUGUGGGCCUGACAGCUGGACAUGGAGCUGAAGGUGUGGGUGGAGGGUGUGGUCAGAGUGGUGUGUGGCCUGUCACUAGACACCUCCUGUCAGGAUGUGGUCAUUGCUCUUGCUCAAGCCAUUGGCCAGACAGGUCGCUAUGUUCUCAUCCUGAGAUUCCAGGGAACUGAGAGACAACUGAUCGCUGAUGACUGCCCGCUGCAGUGUCUGGCUCAGCUGGGACAGUUGGCUGCAGAUGUCCAGUUUAUUCUGAGGAGGACAGGUCCCAGCAUUAGUGAUGGUCCAAAUGGUUCUACCACAGAGAGACCUCUUCCCCUGCACAGAUAUCCAGAGCCCUGGCCCCAUAAACACAGAGAGCCACAGAAGGCUCUCACUUUCAAUCUGGGUCCCUCAACAGUUCCCAGGCGGACUAAAGCGAAUAGGACUUUAUCACCCUCACCAAGAGCCUCUCCAGAGCCAAGGGCUUCCCCUGUUCCUUUCCUGGAUACUCUCAACCCUGCCAAGAUGCUUCCAUCUUACCCCUCCAAAGAGGAAGUGUUUAGGCAAAUCCUGAAGCAACAGGCGAGACUACAAGACCUAGACAUUCAGCUUCGAACUCUUGAGAGGGAGGCUGAGGUCUGGGAGAGGGAACGGUCCUCUCCUCCAGUAGCUGGUCUGACUCUGGACCCAGCAGAAGAGCUUGAUGAACUGGAUCUCUGUCUGAGGAGGAAUGAGGCAGAGCUCAUGUAUGGAGAGUACUGGGAAGAACAGUUACAAACAGAGUUGGGCAAAGAACAGGAUAUGCAAAGACGUCUAGACCAGAUCUGCUUGUCAUUAGAUGACUACAGCCACCAGCUUGAGGAGCUCCAUACACGUUCUGCAUAUCUGGAACAGGACAUACAAGUUGAAGGUCACAGACAGAGCUCUCGGCCAGGCACUCCACAGACAGAGGAAGUCCUGGUGCAACUGGAACAGGAGCUACACCACCGCCUGCAACAGGGAGAAGAACUGGAUGCAUCAUUGUCAGAGACUGAAAGGGAGCUACAAACUGCAGAGGCAAUGUCACAGAACAGAUGCCAGUUGAUUGAGGAACUGAAUAAAGAACUUAGGCAGUGUAACCUGCAGCAGUUCAUCCAGCAGACUGGAGCCACUUUGACCUCUCAACUCACAGACCAGGCAAAAUCCAUGCCCAUUGCUUCAAAUUACCUCUGCAACGCUGGCAUAAUGGAGGAGGCACUGCCAGAUACAGUGUCUGUGUCUUAAUAGAUUGUCCAGUGCUCUCUUACACCUCUUAAUGAUCUCCACUUAAUGAUGUGUGAUGUGGUUAUCCACAUAGGGUGGAAUCAAGACCAACUGGACUAGACUCAGAUAUACAGGAAACUCACACAUAGAGCAAUACCUCCUCUUUGAUUUGCACCACCCACUGGAACACAAGCUGGGAGUUAUCAGGACCCUGCACCACUGAGCUGAUAAUGUACCAAGCAGUGCUCAGGCCCAGGAAAAAGAGCACAAACACCUGAAGGAAGCACUUAAAACUUGCGGAUACCCAAACUGGACCUUUGUGAGAACAGCCACAAGAUCCAGGAAGAACACUAACAGUGCGGAUGAAGAAGAAAAAACGAACAAACAUAAAAAUGGUGUCAUCACAUUUGUCUUGGGAGUGUCUGAGGAGGAUUUGCAACAAACACUGUAUUCUGUAUGCAUAAUGCAUUGCAUUCUAAUGCAAUACAUUAGAACAGAAACUGGCCCACCCCAAAGACCCCACACUGAAACACAAGAAGAGCAACCUGAUGUAUGCAUGCCAGUGCAGCGAGGAAUGUACAGACCUGUACACUAAACUAAACAACCACUGCUCAGAUCAGGACUCAGCAGUCUAUCUGCACCUGAGAGAAAAGGGACACUUUUUUUUGAGGACCACAACGUCCACAUCUUUGAUAGGGAGGACAGAUGGUUCGAAAGAGGGGUGAAGGAAGCGAUCUAUGUCUAGAUAGAGAGACCAUCUCAACAGAGGAGGAGGUCUCAGACACCAUCUGUCUCCAACUUACAACACUGUCCUGUCAUCCUUUCCCAGGAGGUUGAAUCAUUCACCCUUGACCUCACGUGACUGCAAUGACCGCCACUCACUCCUUGAAGACCCUAACAACCAUCAUUCACUUAUGGAGUCAGACGACUCCACCAACACUAAUGGCACUAAUGACAGGAAGGAGCACUAACAAUCGAGUGAUGUCAACAACCUGGACAGCGUCCCCACACAGAUUAAAUAGCUAUGACUCCCCACCAGUCGGUCAGAACUGAAGAGGCUUCUUGGAUGAGAAGUGAAAUGUCUUCAAG